AUGUUCUCAAAAGCACUCGCUGUUGUCAUUGCCAUUUCAGCCACUGUUCAUGCACACGCUGGCGUUACUCCGGCUCUAGGCGUUCAAGGACAACUCACACGAGCUGAUGUUCAGCGGCCUAGCGCUCAAAAACCAUGCGGUAACGCCAAUAUCAAUGGACUUGCUAGCUCUACACCCGUCCAAGCCGCUGUAGAUGGUACCUUUUCCGCAACCGCUAUCAAUUUUAAUGGUGGCAAAGAUGGUUCCCGUGAAUUCACAGCCACUGUUGAUACAACCGGUGCUGGAACUUCAUUCAAUGGUCAGGUUCAGAUGAUUACGAAUGGUGAUGCCGCGCCUCAGGGAACUGGAACUCAGCCACUGGUCGGGAAGUUGCCCACUGGAGCGCAAUGUGCAGGUGGUGCCAACGGGAACUUGUGUUUAGUUUCGUUCAAGUCUGCUGCUGGAUUUGGUAACUGUGUUGUUGUCGCACAGGGUGGUGGUGGUGGUGUUGCCGGUGGUACUGCUGGUGCCGCUGGUGCCGCCAACGGAAACAACGGUGCUCAAGGUGCCACUGGAGGUGCUGCCAACAAAGGUGCUAAGGGUGCCGCCGGAGGUACUGCCAACGGUACUGCAAAUACCGGUGCUCAAGGUGGAGGUGCUGCCAAUAAAGGUGCUAAGGGUGCUGCCAACGGUGCUGCAAAUAACGGCGCUCAAGGUGCUACAAAUAACGGUGCUCAAGGUGCCGCCGGAGGUGCUGCCAAUACCGGUGCUCAAGGUGCCACUGGAGGUGCUGCCAAUAAAGGUGCUAAGGGUGCUGCAGGUGGUCGCGGUCGCGGUCGUGGACGCAAAGCUCAGAAAGGACAGCAAGCGCCAGCACCAGCUGCUCAAGGGGGCACUCGCGCACCUCGUUUCGCUCGCUAUGUAGCUGAAUCGGAACAGUAG